UGGUCAGAACGUAAUUAUGGAGCAGCUCAGAGACAUAUUGGCCAUGUUGAAUCGUCCGCCAACGACAGCUUCAGCACCGGAGGCCCCAGCAGAUCCAUCUACCCCACCACCAGCUGCUUCACCCCCAGUAGAAGAGGAGGAGGUCUUCCCCGACGAUUACGAUCCUUAUGAGGGAGCUCCAGCGACUCCGAUCGAGGCACAACCUGUUAUCCAUGUACAUGACACCGAGUCGUAGGGUGAGUUUCUGUCGAUAGAGGCACAACCUGCAGUGGUUAAGAGUCGAAAGAGGAAGAGAAAGCCUCCUGUAUGGUUCAGUGACUAUACGGAGAUGAAGAGGAGACAUAGGCCAUCUUCGACUUUUGAUCCCCUGGAGCCACCGGAUGAGAAAUUGUUAACCACUUUCCGAAAGUGGUGUGUUGGACUCAUUCCGAACCACCGACUUCGGGAUUUGAGAAGUGGUGAUUACGGUCCAGGAUUCUUUUGGAUAAUGCUCACACCAAAGGAAUGGCUUACAGAUGACCAUAUAGAUGCAGCAAUGCAUAUGCUGAGGAGGCGACGCACCGACUAUCCACUGACAUUUCCUCAGAAGGGUGUCAUUCUCUCCACAUUCGUGACCAGCAUGAUCAGCAGUGCAUGGACGAGCCACAAGGGUCCGAGGAGAAACUUUGUGUGGGAGGAUUAUAUCCUGGACUACUGCAGAGGGGUUCAUAAGUCCCAAGUCUUUGAGAGAUGGAGGGGUAACGAGUUUAUUUACUUCGUUCUGAACCUUCCCGAGGCAAGGCACUGGGUCACACUUGAAGUCGACAUAGAGCUGUGGAAAAUUAAUGUCUACGACUGUGAUUCCAGCGUCUGUCAUUGGACCGCCAUGGAACCCAUCCUGAAGACUUGGGGAGAACUGCUGCCCUCACUAAUCCUUGCAACCGGGGAAUUUCCACAUAACAACCAGAUUAUGGCGUUAAUUAACAAGGACAUCCCGGUGCUUCCAAAAAUGCACUCGACUCGAGCCACUCACGACUUAGUUCUGAAGUCAACAACCAGGACGCCUCAAAUGCGGGCUUUGCAUGUUGCUCUGUUGUGGCCUGAACUGCCACAGCGGCUGCAGUUUCGUGUUCUAAAUAUGGCCCCAAGAAAGAACAAAGGCAAAUUCCCCAUCUUAACUCCUGAAGAGCUGAAGCAGGAGCCUGAUGUUGGCAUAAUUACUCUUGAAAUGCAGAAAGUUUUUGACGCCCAAAGAGCUUUCGAAAGAGAACGAUGUGGGAACGAGUUCGAAGUUCGAGCAACUUGA